ACUCGUACCGCUAUGCAGGCAGUAAACAAUUUUGUAUUUUUUUUUCAGAAUAAUGGCGAAAAUUUAUUAGAAGAACAGUAUAAAGGAAGAAAAAUAUAUACUCAACACAAGCACAAAAUUAAGAAGAAUAUGGAGACGAAGGAUGGAAAUAAUUCCUUAAAGGCAACCAACAGUGCUGGAUCAACAAAGAAGCAUUUUGUGCUUGUUCACGGAGCUUGUCAUGGAGCAUGGAGUUGGUAUAAGUUGACACCUCUACUGAAAUCUGCAGGUCAUCGCGUCACAGUUCUUGACAUGGCUGGUGCUGGAAUCAACCCGAAGCAGGUAAACGACGUUCAAUCGUUUUCUGACUAUGUCCAGCCAUUGAUGGAUUUCAUGGAGCACUCUCUCCCUAACUGCAAAUCCAUAAAACAAGAAGAAAAGGUGAUCCUUGUUGGUCACAGCAUGGGAGGGUUGGUUAUCUCGAAAGCUAUGGAAGCCUUCCCAGAAAAGAUCUCCGUGGCUGUUUUUCUCACCGCGUUGCUGCCUAACAUGUUACCAGAAUUCAAGUUCCCUGAUGUGUUCAAAGAGGGUUUCAGAGGUGACGCCAUAUAUAAUUACGAUGAAGGGGCUAAAACUUUCGUGUUCGGUCCCUGUUACAUGUUGUCAAAUCUGUAUGAGCUCUGUUCGCCUGAGGAUGCGACUCUAGCAGCUAUGUUGGUGAGACCGAUACGUGUGUUCAGUAACGAACACAUGUCGGAGGAAAUGACGACGUCCAAGCAGAAAUAUGGAUCAGUUAAGCGAGUUUAUAUCAUAGCCGAGCUAGAUAAAACGUUGACAAGGGAUUUUCAGUGUUGGACGAUCGAAAAGGAUCCAGUGGAUGAGGUCAGGGAAAUCAUUGGUUCCGAUCACAUGGUCAUGAUGUGUAAGCCUCAAGAGCUUUUUGCUUGUCUGCAUGAGAUUGCUGAAGAAGCCUGAAACGUCGUUAGCUCUUUUAACUCGUUCGGGCUUCAAUUUUAUAAUGAAAAGUUAUAGUAAGAGUAUAUGUAUUGAUAUUGGAAAAAUAAAAUGCAGAAGGAAAAUGGUGCUUGUAAUCUUUAGACUAGCGUCUAAUAAUGUCACGAUAUCGUACUGAUAAUGAUAUUUACGGUGGAAACCUCGACAUUACAUUCUUCCAA